AUGGAGUCUGCAAACGCUUCUUUCACUAUUAGCCAUUGCUUGGGAUUGAAAUGCAAAGAACAUCAAUAUCCUUUUGGUGAAAAAUGCUGCAAGGAUUGUGCCCCUGGUGAAAGAAUGAGAAGCCGCUGCACUGCAACAACAGACACAGUCUGUGCCCCCUGUCAAGACGAAUACUUCAGUAGUGAGCACAACCACCACUUCUGCAAGAGUUGUACAAUCUGCAACACUAGGAAGGGGAGCGUGGAAGUGAAGAAGUGCGAGAAGACCUCUGACAGAAUUUGCACGUGUGUUGCAGGUUACAUGCCAGAUGUCAGAUAUACACUGGGAAGCGUAUGCUUACUAUGUCCUGAAGGGUCUUACUCCACAGGGGGAAAUGAAAACUGUCGACCCUGGACCAACUGCAGCAUUCUUGGGAAAAAUACUCUUCGACCAGGGACAAAAACAGAUGAUGCGGUUUGCAGCAACCAUGUCACACAGCCAGCUGCCUCUCAGAGUGCAACACCUGCUUUGAAUCUUUCCACCACUGACCACAAGAAUAAUAUGUCAACUGCAGUGUUCUCACCGUCCAGACCCAAUGUGAUUCCUUUCAUUUGCCCGGAUACAAACAGCCCCACAGAGACUAACUGGGGGUCUUUAUCGCUUAUCCUUAUUUGUCUGAUAUUGCUCAUGGUGAGUGGAAUGUCCAUCCUCCUGUUGAUUAUCCAAGCAGCCAAAAAAGAGACCAAGAGGAGGCCUUGUGGAAACAACCAUCAGAAAGAAAGGAGCUGUCGAAUUCCUGUCCAGGAAGAACAAAUUGACUCCAAUUCUAGUCUCAUCAAAAACUGACUCCACAUUACGUUACUGUCUCCUGCAUUUCUGAGCCGAUCGAUUGUAACAAGUCAUGUGACAGAGCAUUCUGUGGCUAUACGUGUGGGUGUGUGUAACUGUUUAAUUGCACUUCGGUUCCUUUGGGUCUCGUUGAGUGGCCCCUUUGGCAUUAGGACCCAUGGGAGUAGCUGUUCUUGGUGGAAUCACGUGAUUCCUUCUCUUAGGCAGAUCCUGCAUACAGCAUCCCUGUUGCCAGGACUGAGUUGAUAUAGUCCUCUGUGCAUUUCUAGCCAAUUCUUUAUGUAGUGAUAGGCAAUUCUCUUUGGACUGAAGAAAGUGUUUAGGAAGCUGAAAGAGCUGAUCAUUGAGCAGACAGAAA